AAUGUGGGAUCUUCUCUCCAAUACCCUCCCUUGAAAUAAUGGUGCGUAUAACCAUUAAUCUCGCAGAAUCCAUCAUACUCCCUCCGAAAUCAUGCUUUAUUUUUCUAGCGAUCUCGGCGGAACUGAGCCUUCUAUGGACCAUCAGCUAAUGGGAUGAUCGAGCCACUGUCCAGGCCGGAUUAAUGGAUUAGGGUAUUGGACCUGCUCUGAUAAGUCCCUUUCAUAUAUUCGAUGUGGGAUCUUCUCUCCAAUAAAGACAAAUGACAGAACGAUAAAAACACACGCAUUAAGAAAAAUCCAAAACGUUCAAAUUUGAUGAAAACCAGGGAGGCUGUCAUGUUUGCUUCUUCAUUUAGAUAUCAAUCAGCCUUAAGCAUUCCGGUUUGUUUUUCCUAACGAUUUGAUUCCGGUUCAGUUUUGCAUUUCUUAAAACAAACUAUUCACGCAUUGACUCUAAAUCAAUCCAUACGGUUUGGACCAAACUGAUAUACGAAUCAAGGCCGAAACAAUGAUCCCACGACGUGCUUUGCCGUUGACUUUUUGUUUUUGUAUAUGCUAGUGCUUCAAGACCAGAUAGGUUAUUAUAAAGAACAAGAACCAACAAAGAUCAUUCAAACAUCACACAUUCAUCAAAUGGAAGCUCAAACUAUCAUUCUCUAUCUCUUACUCUUCUUCCUAUCUCUAAACUUCGUGUUUCAAACUCUAAAACAACGGCUGAGUCCGGCAAAUACACGACGGCUAACCCGUUUCCUCCACCUCCCGUUCAAGCAUCCCGCCGUUUUCGCCAGACAGGAUGUCCAUGAGUUUCUUGAUUCCUCAACCCAAGUAGAGAACAACGAAGACGAUUCCGAGUUCGACUUCAAACCUUACAUGAAAACCAAAGCCGAGUCAAUAAACAGAGCGCUAGACAAAGCCAUCCCACUGGUGGAGCCUCUCAACAUCCACAAGGCAAUGCGCUACGCCAUCCUCGCCGGCGGCAAACGCGUCAGACCAAUACUCUGCCUCGCGGCCUGCGAGCUAGUCGGAGGGGAAGAGCGUUCGGCGGUUCCGGCGGCGUGCGCGGUCGAGAUGAUUCACACAAUGUCACUCAUCAAAGACGAUCUCCCUUGCAUGGACAACGACGACCUCCGGCGAGGGAAGCCCACGACGCACAAAGUCUUCGGAGAAAGCGUCGCGAUUCUCUCCGGCGGCGCGCUCCUAGCUCUGGCCUUCGAGCAUUUGACGGAAGCUGACGUGUCGCCUGAGAGAAUGGUUAGGGCGGUUAGAGAGCUGGCGAAGUCUAUAGGGACGAAAGGGCUCGUGGCGGGACAAGCGAUGGAUUUGAGCAGCGAAGGGUUGGAUCAAAACGACGUCGGGUUGGAGGAGCUUGAGUUUAUUCACGUUCAUAAAACCGGUUCGUUGCUUGAGGCAUCGGCGGUUAUCGGAGCGGUUAUUGGAGGUGGUUCGGAGGAAGAGGUUGAGAAGGUGAGGAGGUUCGCGAGGUGUGUUGGGUUGUUGUUUCAGGUGGUUGAUGAUAUUUUGGAUGGGACUAAGUCGUCGGAGGAGCUGGGGAAGACCGCCGGGAAAGAUCAGGUGGCCGGAAAGCUGACGUAUCCGAAAGUGUUGGGAGUUGAGAAAAGUAAAGAGUUUGUUAAGAGGUUGAAGAAAGAUGCGAGGGAACAUCUUAAAGGGUUUGAUUCGGACAAAGCGAAACCUUUGGUAGCUCUUGCUGACUUCAUUGCCAACAGAGAUAACUGAAUUUGCAUGCUGAAAAGAUAAUCAGAUAUACUUUUUGUUGUGGAGGAUGUUAAAUUAUUUAAAUCAAAAUAUACAAUUGUGAAAACGGUUAAAAUUAGCUGUUUGAUUGGGACUUAAAUAGAUAUUUGUUCUCUUAUCAUGUAAAAUUACAUAAAAUAAAUUGGUUAAUUGGAAAUUAAGAUUAGUGUUACUGUUCAAGAUGAAAUAGUAUGCAUCUCUUGUUGUAGUGCUUGU